UUUGGAGUGUAUCGAAACAAAGAUAUGAACAUUUUUAAGAGCUUCAUUUGUUGUAUUUUUCGCUGACAAGGUUAUGGGAAAACCAAAAUUGAAUAAGGGGGCUGGAAAGCGAGCAAGAAGCAGCUCGGAAGACGAGGAAAGAAAUCCAUCUCAGCAAACCAUCAAGAGUUACUUUAGCAAGGAGACCUGUAAACUUUGGACAACAGUGGGGCAGGAAUCUAAAGGAAAUGGAAAAAGGAAGAGCCUCAAAUUAUCAACAAAAAAGAAAGAAGAUAAACUUAACACAUUGGUGACAAGAAGAAAUGACAAAUCAAGAUGUUCACCACAAAGUGGGAAAGGAAAAACUGAUCAAACAUGCUUUACAAAGAUUGUGAAACAAAAUGUUGUGUUAACACCCUUACCAAAGAAUAAACAGGCAAAGAGUAAUGGUGAAAUGUCAUCUUCCUCUUCUGAACCCAAUCAGCCUCCUUAUGCUCAUAAGAAGAAUGGAUACAACAAUUUUAAAUUGCCAUCACCAAUAUGCCAGCUAAGAAACAAGAAGAAUACCUCAAUAAAUGGAUCUAAGUGUAAUCUUGCAGUCAACAAUGUAAAAGAAAUAGUUAUCGAAGAUGAUGAUUUCAUUCCACCAACACCAUCUCCAAAUGGACAGCAUAGUUUUAUCAGCUGUUGUCCAGAAAGUACCCCAUUGUUGCAUGAUGAAAGUAGAGUGUCCAAGGUUCUCAACCACUCAUCUGCUGCAAAUUAUUACAAAAAUGAGCUAAGUGAAAGAGGAUCUGCUAAAAUAAAAAAAGCAGUCUUUGUUGGUAAUGAUCCUGAAGAAGCAGAUGAUAACAAAAGGUUACCUGUCUCAGAUAUAUCUUCACCUCCACAUAACUAUGUUGAAGCUCAAAUGACAACACAAGCAACCAGUCGUAAAAAGUAUAAGCUUUCCAGGAAGGGGUUUAAGCCACCAAGGGUACUGUCAAGUCCAAUAAAAAAGAGCAACAUCAGUGCAUCAGUUGAUAAGUCACCAAAGAGUCAGUCACCCACAGGAAACAACGCAGGCUACCAGAAGGAGUCUGUGUCCAUUAUUGCACCAUCAAAGUGUGUCGUUCUAAGAUCGAGAAUGAAACGUUCAGCAGAGGGAAGUUCUCCUAUGCAGAAGAGACUCUUAACAGAAUAUCCUUUGGAAGAAAAGAGUACAGUGAAAUGUAACCUCUGGGACAGAAUAGAAGAAGAUUUACUCUCUAACUCUCCUGGAGAGAAUGGAGAGAAUGAAGGACAACAAGCUGUAGAUCAUGAACAGUACCAUCUUGCAAACCAUUGGGUUGAAAAUAAAAAUGUGAUGAAACAGUACACCUUGGACACAAGCAUAGGAAAUUGCUCCCUUGAUGAAAAAUUACUGGAAUGUGAAGAAUUAUUUGAUGAAAGAAACCAUGGGGAAUCUUACAGUUGUACAAAUACUAAUUAUGGUACAGAAGAGAUGGAGAAGUGUGACUCAAAUGUUGGAGGAGAUCUAAAGAAUCAAUUUAGAACUCCUAACAAAUCACAGUCUCAUCAAAUUCUGCAACCAUCCAAAUCUCCACCAUGCAAUAACUUGUCUGGGCAGUUGCUUACACCUACAAGAGCAGAUGGAAAUACUUCAGUGGACAGUCUUGCUGAUGCUAUGGAGUUGGAUAAUUUACUGGAUGGUGUUAAAUGGUCGCCUAUGGUCAGCUUUCCUGAAACAUUUCACAUUUCAAGCAACAGCAGCUCAUGUAAAGCACUCUUCUCUCCUAUCAGAAACACAGAGCAGGCUAACACAAUAUCUAAGGAUCUCCAAAAUAAAUGCAACAUUACUCAUAUUACUUGUCACUCUGGAACAAAGGGUUACAGUCGUUUCUUAGUGCUGGAGGUGUCUCGCAGAGAACUACAAGGCCAGGAAGUUGUGGCAAAGUAUGGAAGACAAUUACCAGAGAAGGUUCUUCGUUUAUUUGACGAAGCGUCUGGUCAAGAAAAGUUCUGUAGUUUAAGGGAAGACUGGGAGAUGAGCGAAGUUGAACCUGGUGACAUUGUACAUAUUACAGGAUCAUUUGACUCGUCAACAGCAACAUGUAUCCUUGAUAACUCAACUGAACACUAUCUUGUCAUUCACCCUGAUACUUUGGUAUCUGGAACUACUGUUUCCAUGGCAACUAAGUGUUUAAGGCAGGGCAUACUCAAUGAGCAAUUUCGCACUGAAAGCCAAAGUGAGGCAAUGUUGAUUGGAACACUUCUUCAUGAUCUGUUUGAUUUGGCCAUGGAGUUUAAGGAAUUUUCUCCAGAUGCACUUUUAACAAGAGCUAGAGGGCUUCUCCAGAGGCUUUCUUACUUGGAUGACUUCUACAGCCUGGGACAGACAGAGAGUUGGGCCCUGGAAAAACUGAAGGAACAUAUUCCACUUCUCUGUGACUGGGCCAAGAAGUUUGUGGUUCCUUUUCCCCAACCUGAUCUGGGGGCUAUGGAUUUUAAGACCCCUGAAUUCCCACAUCAGACUGAGCAACCAAGUGUUUGUGUGUCAGCACUGAAAGACAUCGAAGAAAAUAUCUGGUCACCGCGGUAUGGACUUAAAGGGAAAGUGGAUGCCACCGUUGAAGUUAAAAUUGAUCGAAGACCUAAAUUGAAGACUGGGAAAAUGUUCACUAAACUAGGAUCGAUCGAGCACCGAGCACAGGUGAUUCUGUACACUUUACUCAUGUCUGAUCGAUAUUUUCAAGCAGUUGACGCAGGGUUACUAUUUUACAUGAAGGCAGCUCAUAUGCUUAGUGUUCCGAGUUUCCUUCACGAGAGGAGAGCUCUUAUCAUGAAAAGGAAUGAAGUUGCACGCUACUUGACACUGAACAGGGCCGGAGCCACAGGAUCUAUGCCAGCAAUGUUGAAAGAUCACAACACCUGCAAGCGAUGUCCUCAGGUUCAAAACUGCACCACUUUUCACAAAGCAGUCGAACAAGGAGACGGUGUAACAAGUGGUCUGGGAUCAUUAUUUAAAGAGAUGACCGAACACAUGUCCAGAACCUACGUACGCUACUUUAGAGACUGGUAUAAACUGGUUUGUCUGGAAGGUAAGGAGAUGGAACAAAAAAGAAAUCAGAACGAGAUUUGGUGUUUGGACGGAAGCGAAAGGGAAAAACUUGGUCGCUGUUUUAGCGGGAUGGUACUGAAGUCAUGUGGUUAUGACAUGGUACAAGGGGGCAGUCAUUAUUACAGACACAAGUUCGAGCGCUGUGCAGAUCAUCCUAGCGUGAUGUCAUUACAGGAUGUGCCAAUUACGUCGGGGGACCGUGUGAUUUUAAGUGAAGAGAAUGGUGGAGCCACAGCUGUCGCGGCAGGGUACAUACAUGAGGUGAAGAAGAGCGAAGUUGUUGUCUCACUAGACAGAGAUUUGACUAAAAGUUAUGAUACACACACUAAAGAAACAAGCUCCAAACUCUAUCGCCUUGACAAAGACGAGGAGUAUAGCACUCAAACAACUCUGUGGUCCAACAUGGCAAAACUGUUCAAAGGUGACUCUGACAGAGACGCUCAGCUGCGUCGCCAAAUCGUAGACUUGGAACCACCGGUGUUUUCAAGGGAAAGACGGAAUGACACAGUGACCAUGUGCAGUCAGACAUCAGAUAUCGCUCAGUUCUUCUCACAACAAUCACCGUCUCAAAGCAACAAAAGCCAGAAGUCCUUGCCGGACCCAGCUGUGGAGUCUAUCCUACAGGAGCUGAACUCAGGGCAACGGAAGGCGGUAUCUAAAGCCCUUGCGGCCCAUCACUAUGCGCUGAUCCUAGGUAUGCCAGGAACAGGAAAGACGACCACCAUCUCCUGCUUGGUUCGUGUGCUGGUGGCAAGUGGUAAAUCUGUUCUACUCACUAGUUACACCCAUACUGCUGUGGACAACAUUUUACUCAAGCUUAAAGAGGCAAACAUAGAUUUCCUUCGUCUUGGCCAGGUCCAUAAAAUUCUUCCCAAAAUUCAAUCAUACAGCGCGCACCGGGCAGCUGCUGGCAUCAAAACUGUCAAUGAACUAAGGAAGUUAUACGAGUCCAAGUCCGUAGUGGCGACCACCUGUUUGGGUGUGAAACACGCCCUCUUCUCUCAACGCUCCUUUGACUACUGUAUUGUGGACGAGGCUUCCCAGAUCACCCAACCAGUGUGUAUUGGUCCUCUAAGGCACGCCCGUGUCUUUAUCUUAGUGGGUGAUCAUUAUCAGCUGCCACCCUUAGUGCAGAGUGUAGAAGCUAGAGAGGGUGGUAUGGACGUAAGUCUGUUUAAACGCCUUUCAGAACGACACCCACACGCGGUUGUUAGCUUAGAGCAUCAGUAUCGAAUGAAUGAAGACAUCAUGGAGCUGUCGAACACACUGAUCUAUGAACACAGGCUUAAAUGUGGUACGCAAGGCGUGGCAAGGGCAGUCUUGGAGCUGCCGAACUGGGACGAAUUUUUUUGUUAUAUGAAGGAGAAUACGGCCAAUAUCAAAGGUAACUGGAUACUAGACACACUCUUGCCCAGUCGACCGGUGGUGUUCUUAGACACGGAUAGGGUCCCCGCGCCUGAGUCUCGUUCAGAGCACUUGGUGUCAAACGAGACAGAGGCCGCGAUCGUUCACCAACUAGCUUGCGCACUCUUGAAAGCCGGCCUCCAGCCUGCAUCACUCGGUAUAAUCUCUCCGUACAGGCACCAACUCAAGCUCAUAACGCAGAUUUUUCAUCGAGACGCCGACACCAAACAAAACGAAAUCGAGAUCAACACCGUGGAUAAAUAUCAAGGUCGAGAUAAGGCCUGCAUCAUUGUGUCUUUAGUUCGUAAUAACGAGCACUCCAACGUGGGAGACCUGCUAAGGGAUUGGCGCCGAGUUAACGUGGCGGUAACUCGUGCGAAGCGGAAAUUGAUUUUGAUUGGUUCGCUCAUGACACUGAAAGGUAGCUUGCUACUCCAGGAGCUUUUUGACCUGCUGGAGCUAAAAGACUGGGUGCAAGUUCUACCUUACGAUGGGCAAAAGAUGUUCGAGUUUUUGACAAAAUCUUUCCAGACUUCUCCCAGUAAGAGCCUGGAAACCUAG